GUUUUAAGCCAUAAGGUUAUGUUACUUUCAAUAUGGUAUUAGUGUUUUCUAUGUGAACUCUGAUUGAAGGUUAUCUGUAACAUAAACUCUACACUUUGGUUACUGUAAUUUGUACAGAUUGUUGGACUAUGGCUCAAGGAUUUAAAGACUACUGUGUGUGUGAACAUGAACAGAAUACGAAUAAGAUGAAAGAGAAUUAUGAAAUCAAGUUGGAAAGAGACUGUGAGCCUAUGGAUAAAGAAAACGAGGCCGUUGUCAUAUCAGAAACUGAAAAGAAUACACAAACUAUUGGACCAAAUUCUGAAAAUAUGGUUGAAAGAGAUUGUAGGCCAAUGAUUCAAGGAUUUAAAGAUUACUGUGUGUGUGAACAUGAAGAGAAUAUGUCAAACAUGAAACUGAACUCUGAAAUCAAGGUUGAAAAAGAUUGUAGGCCCAUGGAUGAAGAAAUCAAUUGUGUUUCCAUGUCACAAACUGAAAAGGAUACACAACAUAUUGAACCUAAUUCUGAAAUUAUGGAUGAAAAAGAUUGUAGGCCCAUGGAUGAAGAAGUCAAUUGUGUUUCCAUGUCACAAACUGAAAAGGAUACACAACAUAUUGAACCUAAUUCUGAAAUUAUGGAUGAAAAAGGAGAGAACAGUAUUUGCCACAGUCCUCAAGAAAGUCGAGAUGAAGACCAUGGUUUGAUGACAGAUAUUUUGCCAGUACUGCAAUCAAAACCAGACUAUACAAGCACAAAAAAUUUCAAUGGGGAGAAAUGUGUGAAUGAUUGCAAUGGAAUAAUCAAACAACAUGAACAAAAUGACAGUUUCAAAAAACAUGUGGAAGAGAAAGAUGAAUAUGAAUGUGAACAUUGUGGAGAGGAAUUCAAGCAAAAAAGCAAUUUGGAAGUUCAUCUGAUGAUACAUAAAAAUGAUUUGCCAUAUGAAUGCGAACAUUGUGGACAGAAAUUCAAGGACAAUGAUUACUUAAAAAGUCAUUUGAAGACACAUGUAGGGGAGAGACGAUAUGAAGUUAAAGUAUUGCUUCUGAAAACACUUGAAUGUGAACAUUGUGGAAAGAAGUUUAAUCACAAAGAACAUUUGAAAAGUCAUAUGGAGGUACACAAACAAGAGAAACUUUAUGAAUGUGAACAUUGUGGAAAGAAAUUCAAUCAGAAAAGUAACAUGAAAUCGCACAUGACAGUACACACGAAGGAGACUCCAUACGAAUGUGAACAGUGUGGAAAGAAGUUUAGACAAAAGAUGAUUUUGAAAUGCCACAUUAGGAUACAUACUGGAGAGAUACAUUAUGAAUGUAAACAUUGCAGAGAGAAGUUUAACUGCAAAGAACAUUUGGAAAAUCAUAUGGUGGUACAUACAGGAGAGACACCUUAUUUAUGUGAACAUUGUGGAAAAAUAUUCAGUGAAAGGGAUAGUUUAGAAACACAUAUGAGGGAACACACAGGUGAAACACCUCAUGAAUGUAAACAGUGUGGGUUGAAGUUUAGGACAAGUCGUACUUUAAAGCAUCAUAUGAGGGUACACACAGAAGAGACACCUUAUAAAUGUGGACUAUGCGGAAGAGCAGGGGGACGGCCUCCCCCUUCAAACAAGCAAGACUCUCCCACACAAAUCUGUUCCGAUGGUUAUCACUGUGCAGAGCAAACUCAAAUUAGAUGUUAAUAUUACUCAUUUAACCAAAUCGUCCGGAAAUGACUUAUUCCAAACUGGGUCCUCUGCAGAAGAGAAACCUUAUGAAUGUGGAACAUUCUGCAAAGAAGUUUGUUUGUGACACCAUAAGCAUUGUGGGGAAAAAGAAUUAAUCAGAAACAUGUUAUUUCAAGCAAUUUUAAAAGAAUUUUACAUUGUAUGAAUGAGUGGGCACAUUUUGGAUAAUUUAAUCAAGUGUCUUAAAAACGCAUCUGAAAACCUUUUGAAUGUGAGCAUUAUAAAAGUAAAUAGCCAAGAAGUAGCAACCAAAUAGGACCUUUGAAUAUACCUUUCAAAUAUAAAAAUACAUUAAUAAAAAAAUGUAAUUAUUGCUGCUUUUCAUUAUCGGUAGUGCUAACAUCAGGUCACAUUAAUAGAAAAUGACAUGAAAAAUGGUGUUGAAAAAUCUGUAUUUGUAGUUUAGAAACUAUUUUGAUCUAUAUUCAGAAUUAUAGAUCCACACGACACAUUUAGGAGAAAGCCAGGCUACUAAUGUUUAGGCCAGGUUUAUUUUAUAAUUGUAAUACUGUAGUAAUAAAAGAAAUUAUUUACAAGUUUUGAGGGCAUUUAUUUUAACAAUUGGUUAAUGAAUAUAUAUUUUACUCUGAAAUUUGAAGUUGCAGAUUUUUUGUAUAUUAAUGUGAAAACUAAAAAAUAUCUUUAAAAAUAUUUCCUUCCAUUUUUGGAUGAAUAAAGUUUUGCCUUGAACUUGAUGAUGAAUAAUUCUACAUUUUAUAACAUCAUUUAAUGUAUGUUGAUAUUUUAUACCGGAGUAAAUACAAGUAAAUUACAUUUAUUGUACUUUUAUGAAAUAAAUACCUAA